AGCCCGGGAGCGCUCCGUGCAGCCAGCCAGACUCCCGGCGUUCACCUGCCUGUACCUGCCCCCGCCCCCGCCUUCCAUCUUUGCCCAGCCCGGCUCCUCUCCUGCUGCCUUCCCCCGGGAGAGGCUCUGCUCUGGGGCGCCCGCCGCCCCCGGGGACGUGCCGAGCUGCUGCAGGACAGGACAAGCCGCCCCAGAGCCGGCGCCAGCCAUGGGUCCCUGCUGAGCCACCCAGGGCGGAGGUAGGACGUGGGGAAGAGUCACCGCGAUCCAGCCAUGGGCAGCAAGGAGCGCUACCAUUGGCAGGCGCAGAAUGUCAAGCACAGCGGGGUGGACGACAUGGUGCUGCUGGCCAAGAUCAGCGAGGAUGCCAUCGUGGAGAACCUCAAGAAGCGCUUCCUGGAUGAUUACAUCUUCACGUACAUCGGACCGGUCCUCAUCUCCGUCAACCCUUUCAAACAGCUGCCCUACUUCACCGAUCGCGAGAUUGACAUGUACCAGGGAGCCGCCCAGUACGAGAACCCGCCCCACAUCUAUGCCCUGGCCGAUAACAUGUACCGCAACAUGCUGAUCGACGGGGAGAACCAGUGCGUCAUCAUCAGCGGGGAGAGCGGUGCUGGCAAGACCGUGGCGGCCAAAUUCAUCAUGAGCUACAUCUCCAAGGUGUCCGGCGGGGGCCCCAAAGUGCAGCACGUCAAGGACAUCAUCCUGAAAUCCAACCCGCUCCUGGAGGCCUUUGGAAACGCCAAGACCGUACGCAACCACAACUCCAGCCGCUUCGGCAAGUACUUCGAGAUCCAGUUCAGCCGUGGCGGGGAGCCCGACGGGGGCAAGAUCUCCAACUUCCUGCUGGAGAAGUCGCGGGUAGUGAGCCAGAACCCCGGCGAGAGGAGCUUCCACGUCUACUACCAGCUGCUGGAGGGAGCCUCCCCGGAGCAGCGGGAGAACCUGGGUAUCACCAACCCGGAUUAUUAUUACUACCUCAACCAGUCGGCGAGCUACAAGGUGGAUGGCAUGAACGACCGGCAGGAGUUCCACGAGACACUGACGGCCAUGGAGGUGGUGGGGCUCUCCAGGGAGGAGCAGGCCCUGGUGCUGCAGAUCGUGGCCGGGAUCCUUCACCUGGGCAACAUCAGCUUCCGGGAGGAGGGCAACUACGCUGCCGUGGAGAGCGAGGACUUCCUGGCUUUCCCCUCCUACCUCCUGGGCGUCGACCAGGGCCGGCUCAAGGAGAAGCUGACCAGCCGCAAGAUGGACAGCCGGUGGGGCGGCAAGUCGGAGGUGAUCGACGUGACGCUCAACGCCGAGCAGGCCAGCUUCACCCGGGACGCCCUCGCCAAGGCGCUCUACUCCCGGCUCUUUGACUACCUGGUGGACGCUGUCAACAAAGCAAUGCAGAAGGACUACGAGGAGUAUAACGUUGGGGUGCUGGACAUAUACGGCUUCGAGAUCUUCCAGAAAAACGGCUUUGAGCAAUUCUGCAUCAACUUUGUGAAUGAGAAGCUGCAACAGAUUUUCAUCGAGCUCACGCUCAAGGCAGAGCAGGAGGAGUACAUCCAGGAAGGGAUUCGCUGGAACCCCAUCGAUUAUUUCAACAACAAAAUCGUCUGUGACCUGAUCGAGAGCAAAGUGAACCCUCCGGGGCUCAUGAGCAUCCUGGACGAUGUGUGUGCCACCAUGCACGCCAAGGGCGAGGGCGCCGACCAGAGCCUGCUGCAGAAGCUGCAGAUGGCCGUGGGCACCCACCAGCACUUCAACAGCUGGAACAAGGGCUUCAUCAUCCACCACUACGCCGGCAAGGUCUCCUACGAUGUGGAGGGAUUCUGUGAGCGAAACCGCGACGUGCUCUUCACCGACCUCAUCGAGCUGAUGCAGAGCAGUGAGCUCCCCUUCAUCCAAGACCUCUUUCCUGAGAACAUAAACGCAGAGAAGAAAGGGCGCCCCACCACAGCCGGGAGCAAGAUCAAGAAACAAGCGAAUGACCUGGUGAGCACCCUGACGAAGUGUACCCCCCACUACAUCCGCUGCAUCAAACCCAACGAGACCAAGAGACCCCGCGACUGGGAGGAGAGCAGGGUGAAGCACCAGGUGGAAUACCUGGGCCUGCGGGAGAACAUCCGGGUGCGCCGGGCCGGCUAUGCCUACCGGCGGGUCUUCCAGAAAUUCCUGCAGAGGUAUGCCAUCCUCACCCCCGAGACAUGGCCGGCCUGGCGGGGGGACGAGAAGCAGGGCGUGGUGCACCUGCUACGUGCCGUCAACAUGGACCCAGACCAGUACCAGCUGGGCCAGAGCAAGGUCUUCAUCAAGGCCCCAGAGUCGCUGUUCCUGCUGGAGGAGAUGCGGGAGCGGCGUUACGACGGAUACGCCCGGGUCAUCCAGAAGGCCUGGCGCAAGCACGUGGCCGUGCGCAAGUACAUCCGCAUGAGGGAGGAAGCCUCCAACCUCCUGCUGAACAAGAAGGAGCGCCGGCCCAACAGCCUCAACCGCAACUUCGUGGGCGACUACAUCGGGCUGGAGAACCGGCCCGAGCUGCGGCGCUUCGUGGGCCGGCGUGAGCGCGUGGACUUCGCCGACACCGUCACCAAGUACGACCGGCGCUUCAAGACGGUGAAGCGCGACCUGAUCCUGACGCCCCGGUUCCUCUACCUCAUCGGGCGGGAGAAGGUAAAGCAGGGCCCCGAGAAGGGGACGAUCAAGGAGGUGCUAAAGCGGCAGGUGGAGCUGGAGAAGAUCCAGUCAGUGUCGCUGAGCACCUUGCAGGAUGACUUCCUCAUCGUCCACGGGCCGCAGUACGACAGCGUCCUGGAGUCCGUCUUCAAGACGGAGCUGCUGAGCCUGCUCUGUAAGCGCUACGAGGAGAGGACCCGCCGGCAGCUGACCGUGAAGUUCAGCAACCAGCUGGAGUUCAAGGUCAAGAAGGACGGCUGGGGCCCCUGGGGGGCAGCGGGCUCCCGCCAGGUCCAGUUCCAGAUUUGCCAGGGCAAUGUGGCGCUGCGUCGGAACAAUGGGAAGGUGCUGAUCGUCAGCAUCGGGCCCGGGCUGCCCAGGAACGCCCGACCCACGCGGAGGGACACCAGGAAGAGCAGGUACCCGAACAGCAGCAGCAUCCCCGGCCGGAACUACCCCCCUGCGGCAGGCAGAGAGAAGAGUGAUGCCAGCUGGCGCAGCGGCCCUGGGUCCCGGCCCCCUCUCCAGCACCGUCUCUCUGUCGCCCGCCAGGGCAGCAUGGAGCAGCCAACCCUGCCCAGACAUGGAGCCAGCCCCAGGGCCAAAGCCUUACCUGCCCAGCUCAACCUAGACUUCAUGAAUGUGCCGGAUCAGGGCGCGGCCGGCUGGCAGCGGAGGCUCUCGAAAGAAGCCAAGCCUGUCCCUGGAGGCGGCCGAGCCAAACCCAAACCCAAGCCAAAGCCCCAGCCGCGCCUGCCCCAGUGCCGCGCCCUCUACGCCUACGAUGCCCAGGACACAGACGAGCUCAGCUUCAACGCUGACGAAUACAUUGAAAUCAUUAGAGAAGACCCCUCAGGCUGGUGGCAGGGCAGGAUACGGGGGAAAGAAGGGUUGUUCCCAGGGAACUACGUGGAAAAGCUCUGAUGGCCGUGCCAACUUUAUUGCUCCGAUUCUGACCCGGGAACCUAGGAGGGAAGAGAUAUGUCUGCAGGACCCAAAGGGGAACAGCAUCAAUCAGCCUUGCUCCUGGAUUAUACAUUGCUGCAGGGCUCGAUUGAGGCCACUAAUUUAAAGCAAUUGAGUGGGAGGACGACAACUGGAUCAUGUUGAGAGCUCUCUUCCUCUGAGGUCUUAGCCCUCCCAUCAGCGUUUUGUCUUUCUUCUGCUCUGGGGUGCACAGCGGAGGAGGCAGGUAAGCCUGCCUGUCCUCCUGACCGAGGAGCACCUUGGCAGGCAUUGGGCAUCUCUUCUCAGGAACCAGCACCCACUGCUUGGACUCAGCGGGACAAGACCAGCUUCUCGGUCUUGUUGUGCAGGGUAAAAAAAAAAAAAAAUCUCCUUCCUCAACUGUAUAAAAAGAAUAAAUUGAUAGUUUAUUUUCUACACUAACCUCUGUGCUGCUUUCAAAAACAGCUGCAGAUUUUUAACUCAUAGAUGAACAUCGAUGAGGCUUGCUCGCUUUGUUGGUAUUCAUUGGCUCCCAUUUUAUGCUGGAACUGGAGAGCCAAACCUUCUCAACUGUUAUUGGACAAGGCCAGCAGGCUGCCUGGCUACCUUAAAGCGAUUUCCUUGAAACCCUACAAUUCCUCUUCGUUAAUAGUUACUACUGAAGAAAAACUACCAGGUAAUCAAGUGCGCCAUUUUGGCAGGCACACGAGGACACAGGAAACUCAUCGAAGAGCAGGUUUCCCGGGUUAACUUCAGCUGAUGUGGUGUGUUUUUUACCUUACCCAGCAGGGAGGUGUCCCCUCCAUUCCCUUGGAAGACUCAGAUGCUCCUAAAACCCUAGGUAAAUAGUGGAAUGAGUUUUCCCUUCAAACAAAGGCAACAGCAAGUGGAUGGCAGAACUGGCCGGUUCAGUAACAGAAGAGCUCCAAGUCCCUGACACUAAAAGGGCCUAUGCUGAAGCCCAUGUCAGGGGAAAUGGACACUGCUCCAGCCACAGCCAUGUGUGUUUUAAAAGGCAGUAUUGUUCUCAUCUCAUCAUUUCCUCUUUGCUGAGACUGCAGGGAGCUUCUUCCCCAAGUGUUUGCUUUGAAGUGUCCAGCCGCCCAUUCAAGUUUCCUACCCCGUUAUGUGUCUGAAAGAGAGACUUUAACGAGCCUCUUCCUCAGCUCAGUCCCGGACAGCAUAAAUCCUCUAGUUUUGUCUAUGCUGUAAAAACCAAAGACAGCAGCUUGUAGAUGUUCCGACAACGUCUCCCUCCGCCUCCCGGUAAUAAAGUGCUGUCUAAAGGAACCUGCACCACCUUUCAUCCAGCUUCAUACACAACCUGUCCCAGCCCUCUGGGACCGCAUCUAUCGACUACAUUCGGCCAUGCAGACAGUGCAAAUGCCACAUACCUGGGUUAAAGGGGGAAGUUUCAAAAAAACCCUGCAAUUAGAGUCUUUAACAGCUCAGCUGAGCCUUGCCCUGGUGACGAAAGUCAGCGUAAUUGCUCUGCAGCUGGCGAUGCACCAGGCGUUCAAAUCCAAUUUCCACUAGAUCAACAGUAAUAGCAUAGAGGGAACGCUGGCCUUCAUAGCAAGCUGCUGUGCUAGCCCUUAAAAAGCACACCUACUUUCUUGCAGGCAAGUUUAUCCCUCCUUUUACUGUACUGCUGCUCACUGGGAUCCUGCAGCCUGUACAAAAAGAUGCAAUUUUUAAACCCUUAUUGCCAGGCAAAUAUGGUCUUUGCAAGAUUACCGUGUUGCCAUCAGAUAACUCACUACAUAAGAACCUGGAGGGAUGUUAAGAGGUAAGUCUGUCCCCCACUCUAUGCCUUAAUACAACACAAACUAAGCCACUGUGGCCGUGAGCCAUUUGGUACCCAGGCCAUGUGACACACACCAGACAGGGGUAUAACCACAUUUCGACCUAGAACCGGCUGCAGAACCAGGCCCCCAAACAAACUCCACUGAACAUGACUGUCUCUAGUUAAAACUGUGGCAACCAUUUAAUUAACACAAUGUACAGCAGAAGUUAAACCACUAAAAGUUUUAAUUGCAUUAUUACUACAAGAAUAAAGAAUACCUGAGAGCCUUUUGCAGUGCCCAUAUUUUUAAUGUAGCAUAAUCAUCAGUUCACAAACCCCCUCUAAAAACAAAAUGCAGU